AUGACCGGCAGCAAGAAGAAGCCCUCGGGCAGCAGGGCGCUGCAGGUCGCCCUCCUCGUCGUCCUGCUCGUCGCCGCUUCACGGCUCCAGGCCUGCGACGCCGCUCCAGGGUUCUGCGCGAGCAAGUGCGCGGUGCGGUGCGCCAAGAAGAAGGGGCCGGCGUGCAUGAAGCACUGUGGGCAGUGCUGCGUGGAGUGCGCCUGCGUGCCGGCGGCGACGGGGAGAAUCGACGACUGCCCCUGCUACCGCGACAUGCUCACCGCCGGGCCGAGGAAGAGGCCCAAGUGCCCCUGAACGACUCAUUCCUGGACUGGUGGAUCCGUCAAUCGACCUUCACAACGGACCUUCGUACGGCCUCAGACCAGCACCCCUGCUGCCUAGAUGUAUUCUUGUGUAGCUUCCCUCUGCUCCCUGGUCCCUGCUAAUUAGCUUGUGUGAUGCGUAUUCUCUCUUCAAUUCGCCCGUAAUUAACCGUAAGUACCUGCAGCUACGUGCAUUUCGUCGUUGUGAGGUUGUAAGAGUAGUGUUCUAGCCAGGAUCGCCGACUGAGUUUCGGCCGGUGUCAGCAGCCA